AUGUGCAAUGCAGUUUGCGAUAGUGUGAAUGAUAAGUGCGAGAAUACUACAAAUAGAUAUUUGAAAUUGGUGAUGCGAAAUUCCUCCAAGGAAGGGGAAAAUAACAGAAUACUCGUUAACACAUCUCAGCAGUUGUUUCAGGCAACAAAUCCUAUAAAACGUGGUGGAAAAAUUGGUGGAAGACAACCUCGUGGCCAUAGAAAUAUUGUAGAAGAUCCUGAUGAUGAUGACAUUUUGUCAUCGAAACUUGUCGAUGGAAUAAAAUCUGAGAAUAAAUAUCUUCUUUAA